CUUUGCCAAACACGGAAGUGGCGUACAGGUUACCGUCCAGUGACACUCAGAGGAGCCGCGUGCGCUCGUCCCGCAGGCGACCGAGACCCACACGCGGGCUGCCAGCUGAAAGAACAGAGCCAUGGCGCCCUUGUCGCUGCCCCUGUCGUCGCUCCUGAGACCCAGGGCCGGUGUUCUCUGUAACGCCCUACAGGCUCUACACCGACGGCCGUCCACCUCCUGCUCGUGGACUCGGAACUUCGGCGCGGUGCGGCACGGAGUCGGUCAGCUGCUGUCGCCGCAGCCCGGCGCCGCGAACUACGCAGCGUCCGCCUGUAGCAGCUCGUCGGCCGGCCAGGACACCACAGAGAGGCUGUGGUCCGUGUACAACGAGACCAAACGGCAGACGGAAGCCUUGACUCCAGCCAUCUCCGCCAACUCUGUCAACCCCAACACCAUUUUUGCCAACAACGAGAUGAGCCUGCGAGACACAGAGAUCUACGGCUUCGACUAUGACUACACCCUGGCGUUCUACUCCAGCCAUCUCCACACAAUGAUCUUCAACAUAGCCCGGGACAUUCUCAUAACUAACCACAGGUAUCCAGAGGGUCUGCGAAAGUAUGAGUAUAUUCCAAAUUUUGCUGUAAGAGGACUUCACUAUGAUGUGCAAAAGGCGCUGCUGAUGAAGAUAGAUGCUUUUCACUACAUCCAGUUGGGAACUGUCUACAGGGGUCUUCAUCCAGUUCCUGACGAGGAAGUAAUCGCCAUGUAUGAAGGUUGUCACGUACCUCUAGAGAACAUGAGCGACUUCUAUGGCAAGAGUUCCCAUGGCCACACCAUGAAACAGUUCAUGGACAUAUUCUCGCUGCCGGAGAUGACCCUCCUGUCGUGUGUCAAUGACUUCUUCAUGAGGCACAAUAUCGACUAUGAGCCAGUCCAUCUCUACAAAGACGUAAAGGAAGCCAUUAGAGAUGUUCACGUCAAGGGCAUUAUGUACCGCGCUGUGGAGGCAGAUAUUGAGAAAUACAUUUGCUACGGCGAGCAGAGCCACGCUGUGCUGAAGAAGCUGUCAGAGCACGGGAAAAAAAUGUUCCUCAUUACCAAUAGCCCCUUUGACUUUGUGGACAGAGGAAUGAGCUACAUCGUAGGGAAGGACUGGAGGGACCUGUUUGAUGUUGUUAUUGUGCAGGCCGACAAACCUAGUUUCUUCAAUGACAGGAGAAAACCUUUCAGGCGAGUCACAGACAAAGGUGCAUUGCUAUGGGACAGGAUUCACAAGCUGGAAAAAGGGCAGAUCUACAAACAGGGAAACCUUUAUGAGUUCCUGAGACUCACUGGCUGGAGAGGAUCCAAAGUGCUCUACUUCGGUGAUCACAUCUACAGUGACUUGGCAGAUCUAACGCUGAAACAUGGCUGGAGAACGGGUGCCAUCAUCCCCGAGCUGAGGAAAGAGAUCAAGAUUAUGAACACAGAGCAGUAUGUGCACAUGAUGGCCUGGUUAAAGGCACUGACUGGACUUAUUGAACAGAUGCAGGUGCACAGGGAUCCGGCAUCUCAAGCUGUCGUCGAGGAGUGGAUCAGAGAGAGAGAUGCCAUGAGGCCACAAACGAAGGACAUCUUCAACACGCAGUUUGGGAGUCUUUUCCGGACCUACCACAACCCCACGUACUUCUCGCGUCGACUGUCACGCUUCGCUGACAUCUACAUGGCCUCCAUCAGCUGCCUGCUCAACUACGACUUCCAACACACCUUCUUCCCCCGCCGCACUCCUCUGCAACACGAGUCCCCCUUCUGGCCUGAACACAGCCCUGCUGGCCUGAGCGUCCCAUCACAGCUUCACAGGCCCAAAGCAGAGUCUGAUUAGAGCGAGAAGGACAAAAAAAAAUGAAGAUAAGGAUUGAAUGAUCUCUAUCACUGAUUUACACCACUUGAGAUAUGGCAUUUUAAAGAUGCAUGCUACAUUUUAAAUUAUGCAUAACUGGUAGUAUUCCUUUAAACUGUUGAUGUUUGUUAAGUUAGACAAUAGUUAAUUAUUUUUAUCCUUUUUCAAGAAUUCUUUAGUUUGAAGGACACAUGACACAAUUCAGAAAACAUGCACACUCUGAUUUUUACAUAGAAGUUGGAAUGUUGCAGGCAAUGAUUGUUUAAGGUUUACAUGUGAUGCACUUACAUGGUUUAAACAAUAGGGGGCAGUCAUACAUCAAGUCUGUCUCUAAAGAUUAUCUUUGCCUUUUUUAUCCUUUAAAACUGUAGGUGAAGUACUGAGAUGUGACAUUUACAUUACAAACUCCGUUGCCUUAAUCUCUUGUUCCGUUACUGAAAUGUAUAUAAUUUUUUGUAAAAGCCUAAUAUUAUUUGUGGCAAGCAUGAGUUUAUUUCCCUUUGAACUGUAUAUUGUGAUACACAAUUGCACAUUGAUUUGAAUAGAUCUUUUGUUUCAAGGAUUUUCAAACUACACAGUCUGUACAUAUUUUUUAAGCAGAUGAGAAAAAAAAUAAUAUUCGUCAGGAGAAAAUAGAGCGUUGUUGCUAUGUUUAGCACGUGUUUUGCUAAUUGAUCUGUGAAGGCGGCGUCGCGUUUCGCGGGUUUGUCACCUUUUUUUUGCAGAAAAUAUGUGAAAUGCUCUCACAUUCUUGAAUGUAGUCUAUAGAGAAGUUUAUAUUUCAUAUGACAGAUGGAAUCUUAAAAAAAAGGGAAUUUAUAAAUACCAGUGGUGAAGUGGCCACAACCAAGACCUCAUGGUUAAUCUUAUUUAUUGGAGUCAAUAGUUUUUGUCUUGAUGUGUAUUUGUCCUUUCACUAUUUAUUAAAAUGGAAAUGGAUUGAUGAUCCUA